AUGACUACUGUACUUCAUCAGCCUACGCUUACGGAAAGUCUUACUUUACUCGGAUGGAAAUUAAAACGCGAUGCAGAAAUUCGAGAACGAAAAGAUGAAGCGAAUUUCGAAUGCGACGUUGAACCAACAUCUACAUCCUAUGCAGCAUUUGAAUAUAUGUCAACAACCGAUGAUGGCUACGAUCCAUAUGCUAGUCUGAAUGUUGAUCUUUGUCUCGAAGUUGAUGCAUUGGAUUUGAAUAAUACAAGUCAACAAAAUAAUGAUGAUUAUGAUCCGUAUGAAGUUUUUAUGAGAAUGAAUACACGUCGAACAGCUAAUGGACGCGAACGACCUCCACUUGCAGUCUUACCUUCGCACUCAACGUCACCUCUAGUCAAUAAUUAUCGACAUUAUAAUUUUGCUGAUGACGAUACACCAGUUAAAUAUCCAUUAGCCAUUGGACAUGUCGACCGCCGAGUAAAAACUCCUAAUAUUCGUGGUGGGUACACAAAUCGGCCAUCAUUUGAAGAAGAUCGUCGGUCUCGUGGCGGAAUGACUAAUCGGCCAGUUGUCCCACCUUCUACUUCGUCCUAUCGUCAACCUUCGACAAUGAUUCCUCGUCGUGGUGCUCCAGCAUCGUAUAGUGGUACACGUGGUAAUAAUUAUCAAAUACGUCGUAGUAUUCCUCCACCACCACGUCUUUAUCCUCGUUCAGAAUAUCCACCUAGUGCAUCGUCGAAACGCGUUACAUUUCGUCAUUCAAAUGAUUUUAAUUCAGGUGAUGAUUUUGACGAAGAUGAAGAAGACGAUGAUAGUCUUGAAGGUGAACUUCAUCAACCAAUUCAACGUCGGAAUAAACCGCCACGACGUACAGCUGCUCGAAUUGCUGUUCAACGCUUUCGAGCUGGUCAUCUUCGUUCGUCGAUUGCUGAUGAUGAUCUCGAUGAUGAUAUUGCACCAACGGUUACCGAAAUGGAUAUGCUCGAAGAUCAAGAACUCGAUGAUGAAGAGAAUGAUGAAGAAAUGAAUGUACAAACAGCAAGUACAAAAACAAUGUCAUCACCAGCGAAACUAUUACCUCCUCCAGCUGCACCUCCUGUUAAACCGACAGGAGGAACGAUUAAAUCGUCCUAUAUUGGUAAUAUGCUACCAAGUUUCUACGAACAAUUGCCUGAAUCGAAAAAAAUGCUCUUACAAGAUGCAACCAUUGAUUCAUCAUCCAAUAGCAUAAUGAAUAUUGAUGGAUCAACAAAGAGUCAAAUCGAAAUUGUUUCACCGGGAAAGAAACAAGCGGGCUUAACAACCGAACAUAUCGAAGGUCCUGGUGGCGAAGAGAUAAUCGAUGAAGAAAAUCGUUUGCAAUUCCGCAAUACGACCAUUGCUCAACCUAAUAAACGUUCUACAGGUUAUCAAAAUUCCAAACGGUACUAUGACAACGAAGAUGAAGAAGAAGAGCAACAACAAAUGAGAAAGCGUAGUCGUCCGAAUGAUGAUGAUUAUUCAGUAAAUAGUAAUAAUAGACAAUCACAAUAUGCAAAACAAAAUCGAUAUCGAAAAUAUGAAGAUGAUGAAGAGUACGAUAUCAAUCAAGAUUCACAACAACAACAACAAGAAGAAGAAUUUCAUCAAACAAUACGAGUACCUGCUCGACGAGGUCGACCACCUUCUCAACAUCACCACCACCAACAACAGCAACAGCAGCAGCAAGAAGAUCCAUCGAAAAAGUACGCGCGUAUUAUCUCUCAAUUCGAAGAACAACACGGUUUGAAAUUCGGUGAUAUGCGUGUCUUUGCACCUAAACUUCGUUUACGCAUAUCCAGUGUGAACGUCAAUUGGAUCAAUCUACCACCGAUACCUAAAUUACCUAAUAAACAAAAUGAUCAUCAACAUUAUCUUUGUCAUUGUUAUCAUAUGUAUUCAUUACGAAGUGAAUACGAUCGUGGUGUGAACACAUUCUCACCUGAAGGUCGACUUUUUCAAGUUGAAUAUGCGAUUGAAGCAAUCAAAUUUGGUACAACAGCUAUCGGAAUCAUGACAUCAGAAGGUGUAGUCUUGGCAACUGAAAAACGUAUUACAUCAGUUCUUAUCGAGCCACGUAGUAUCGAAAAAAUUGUUGAAGUCGAUGCUCAUUGUGGUUGCGCAAUGUCUGGCUUGAUCGCUGAUGCUAAGACUUUGAUCGAUAAAGCUCGUGUUGAAGCGCAAAAUCAUUGGUUUACUCAUAAUGAACGCAUGACUAUUGAGUCUAUCACUCAAUCCGUAUCAAAUAUGGCAUUAGCAUUCAGUGAUGAUUCCGAUGAAGUCGCACCGAUCUCACGUCCAUUCGGUGUGGCACUUUUAUUUGCUGGUUGGGAUGAAAAUGGUCCUCACCUUUUUCAUCUUGAUCCAUCCGGUACUUAUACAGAAUACGAUGCUAAAGCGAUUGGAUCAGGUAGUGAAGGUGCUGAUCAAACACUUCAAGAUGUUUAUCAUAAAUCAAUGAAAUUACCGGAAGCAUGUAAACAUGUUUUAACAAUUCUUAAACAAGUCAUGGAAGAAAAAUUAAAUGCAACAAAUGUUGAAAUGGCCACUGUCGAUGCCAAAGGCUACCGUUUAUUUAAAAAGGAAGAAAUCGACGAUAUUAUUAAGAAUAUGUAA